AUGGUUCGCAAUCUUGUCGUCAUCGGGGGCACUUCCCACCCACAGUUGACUGAAUCCAUCUGCGGUGUGCUGGGCAUCCCGCCGGCGGAGGUUCUGCUGUCCAAAUUCGCCGUGGGCGAAACCCGGGUGGAAAUCCAGGAGUCGGUCCGUGAAAAGGAUGUCUACAUCAUUCAGUCCGGCGGCGGUAAGGUCAACGACCACCUGCUGGAGCUCCUCAUCACCAUCUCCGCCUGUAAGACGGCGUCCGCCCGUCGAGUGACCGCCGUGCUCCCUCUCUUCCCUUAUUCUCGCCAAAGCGACAUCCCUUACGACAAGACCGGAGCUCCCCUCGUCAAGUCAUCCGUGGCGAACCGGCCCAACAAUGGUUACACUUUUGAGAGUACCCCUCCGACCCCGGGUCCGGGCAAGCCCGAGGGUCUUGGACUGAUGAACGGCAUCGACAACCUCCAAAAAAGCCUCGCCAAGGCCCAGAUCGAAGAUAGUAACGGCAGCCCCGUGAAAAAGCGCCCCAGUAACGGCCUUCCGCGCAGCGAUACCAACGAGUCGCUUAAGUCUAUAACUAACGGCGUCCCGGAAGACGCUGCGAGCACCGCAUCCAACUCCAAUUCUUCCAAGAUCAAUGCCUUCCAGCCCCGCCCCGGUUACAAGCAGUGGGUUGCGCAGGCAGGUACCCUGGUUGCCGACUUGCUUACUUGUGCUGGCGCGGAUCACAUCAUCACCAUGGAUUUGCACGACCCUCAGUACCAGGGUUACUUUGAUAUCCCUGUCGACAACCUCUACGGCCGUCCUCUUCUCAAAAGCUACAUCCAGCGCAACAUCCCCAACUACAAACAGGCUGUCAUCGUCAGUCCCGAUGCUGGUGGUGCGAAGCGCGCGACCGCAAUUGCCGACCAGAUGGGCAUGGAAUUUGCCCUCAUCCACAAGGUUCGUCUACAAAUCAAUUCGGAGUCGCUUGGAUAUGCGAAUAGAUCGAUUGAAACUUUUACGCAGGAGCGUCGCCCCACGAAGAUUACAGACCGUCAAAAUGCCACCAUGAUGUUGGUCGGCGAUGUUCGCGAUCGCAUAACUAUCCUCAUCGAUGACCUGGCGGAUACCUCAAACACAAUUACCCGCGCCGCCAAGCUUCUGAAGAAAGAGGGCGCUUCCCAGGUUUAUGCCUUGGUCACCCACGGUAUCCUCAGCGGCGACGCCAUCGAGCGUAUCAAUGCCAGCUCACUUGACAAGGUCGUGGUGACCAACAGUGUGGACCAGGGUGAUCACCUGCGUCGCUGCCCGAAGCUGGAGGUCCUGGAGGUCGGCCACGUUUUCGCUGAGGUGAGUCACAUGCGUCGAAUUGCCCUCCGCGCCCUGACUCCACUUGCUGACCGCUUCAACUAG